GGGGACACCCCCAGGGUUGGGGAAGGAGGAAUCACAUCAGGUAGCUCUGGCCAAAGACAGAAGCCGGGGCUAGACAUUGAGCAGCAAAGCCGUGCCGAUACCAGGAUUCCACGGUGUGACCGCAGCUGAGGUUAGGGAUGAUGGGAAAGGCUGGCGGUCACUCAGGGCCGGAGGUAAACGGAUCAAGCAGCAAUUGGCAGGCUCAGCAAGGGGAGGCUUAGCUCAGCCCGACAUGGAUUUGCUACCUCCUGCCCCAGAUCCUCUAGGUUUGGGGCAGAGCCACGGGUGGAACAUCCUUGGGCACGUCACCCUUGCAUCGCCCCACAGGGUUUCAGCAGCCCCAUUGCUGCUUGUUGGGGCAUCCCUGCACCCACCUGUGCCUGGACGAGACGACAGCCUUCCCUGGAGUGCUGCCAGGCUUGCACCUGGCUGGUAGAGGGAUGCUGGGCUGGAUCGAGCGGGUGGUUCCCCAGCCCCCAGUGCCCCAUCUGACGGAGGAGACCCCCCCGGCCCUGGUGCGGGACCCGGAGCCAGCUAAGGCACCGACGGGAAAGGCCAGUGGCCCCGGGGAUGCUGCUGACCAUGCAUGCACCAAGGAAAUGGAAAAGAAGGUGGGAUUUGUGGUGCCCGAGGAUCAAGGCUCCGUGUUUGAGAGCAUGGGGAGCAGUGUGCUCUCCUGGCUCUCCCAGGGGCUGGAGAAGGUGAUUCCCCAGCCGGUCCCGGCCCCAGGGACGCUGCAGGCACUCGGGAAGAGCUUCGAAACAAGCAUUGAUGUUCCUGAUCAGACGGAGGUCCAGAUCCUCAGGGACGAGGAAGAGGAUGCUCUGGAGAUAACCCCCUUUGAUCCAGAGGAGGAUGAAGUGGAUGGCUGCGAGCCCGAGGCCGGGUCAGAUACCAGCACAGAGUGGGCAGGAGCACGGGUGCUCAGCUGGCUGGUGCAGGGCUUCGAGAGGAUGGUGCCACAGCCGGAGAUGCUGAAAAAGCUGGAGCCAGAGCCAAAGGAGCAGAAGUGCGAAGCCGUGGCAGGAGGCACAAAAGGGACUAAAACACAGGCAAAGUCAAAAAGCAGUGUUUCAGCCGCCCAGAGCAUCCCGGUAGCAGUGGAGCCAACAACAGCCGAGGGGCAGCCAGAGCCAGUGGCCACCCUCAUCCCUCGGUCCUUGGCUGGAGACGGCAGCAGGAUGUUUGCCUGGUUGGUCCAGGAGCUGGAGAAGGUGAUGCCGCAGCCAGUGACCAGGGAGAAGCAGGACGUGCAGCAGGGAGUGGCCACAGCAACUUCGAGUCCUGUGGAAGAAAUUCAUAUUGUCCCUGGGCAACCCAAGGAGACCAACCUUGUCCUGGAAGAGAUUGAUGAUGACUGGAUUAACGAAGCCACGUGCGAGAUGAUGGCCUGGGGUCAUGAGGCUGAGCUGGUGGCAGAUGUUCACCCCCUUCCCCCCAUACAGGAGGAACCUCAGGAAGAAGAAAACAGGCUGUGGUUGUGUUCCCUGAGCGCUGCCGAGGAGGAAAAGGAGGAGGAGGGGGAGGAAGAGGAGGAGGAGGAGAAGAAGGAGGAGGAGGAGAGUGCGGGACCACUGCUCCAGUCACUUUGUCUCACCGCUGAUGAGGGCGUGGAUGAAGUCUACUUUGCAGAGGAGGCCCUCAGGUUUGAGCAGCUAGAAGAAGCUGAGAUAAGUGAUCUCGAAGGUGCUUUUGUACAGGUGGAAGAGGAGACAGCUGAAGCUGCUGAAACCGAUGCUGAAGGUAAUUACCCCACCGUGGACAUCAAGGAUGUGGACAGCGGAGGCGUUGCUGUGGAGAACGACAGUACCCACUUACCGGUGCCCACUGCUGGCGCUCCCAACAUGCUGGCGGUGCCCAGCACGGCACCGGCACCCCCCAGGAGGAAGCUGCUCGUCCCAGAGGAUGGUCUGGACAAGGGACUGGUGAGCCAGUUGCCCACCCGAGCACUGCUGGGCUGGGACGAGGAGCAGAGGGAAAGCCUGCCCGAGCGCAUCGGUUCAGCCACGAGCCUGAGCAGUGCCAUCAUCAACAACCGGCUCCAGGAGCUGGUGAAGCUCUUCAAAGAGAGGACUGAGAAGGUGAAGGAGAAGCUGACGGACCCCGAUGUCACUUCGGACGAUGAGAGCCCUGUGGCAUCCCCCGCCAAGCUGGUGCCUGCAGCAGCACCGGUGCCUCCCCCAGGAGGGGAGCCGGAGGGGGACAACCCGGCAGGGGAUGAGCACUAUUGGGAAAUGCUGUGCUGCACGUUCAAGUACCGGCCCUGGCUGGACCACCUGAAAAACUACCGGUUCCCCACCAGCAUCGACCCAUUCACCAAUCUGAUGUAUGUGCUGUGGCUGUUCUUCGUUGUCAUGGCCUGGAACUGGAACUGCUGGUUGAUCCCCGUCCGCUGGGCUUUCCCCUACCAGACACCGGCAAACAUCCACUGCUGGCUGCUCAUGGACUACCUCUGCGACCUUGUCUAUCUGCUGGACAUCCUCGUCUUUCAGACCCGGCUGCAGUUCGUCCAGGGAGGAGACAUAAUAACUGAUAAAAAGGCCAUGAAAGAGAACUACCUGCGAUCACAACGCUUUAAGAUGGAUGUGGUAUGCCUCCUGCCCCUGGAUUUCUUCUACUUCAAAGUCGGUGUCAACCCGCUCCUGCGCUUUCCUCGGUGUCUGAAGUACAUGGCCUUCUUCGAGUUCAACAACCGCCUGGAGGCUAUUCUGAGCAAGGCAUACAUCUACAGAGUGAUCCGGACUACUGCCUAUUUACUGUACAGCUUGCACGUGAACUCCUGCCUCUAUUACUGGGCAUCAGCCUACGAAGGACUGGGCUCUACCACCUGGGUCUAUGAUGGGGAAGGAAACAGCUACAUCCGCUGCUACUACUGGGCAGUCAAAACCCUCAUCACCAUCGGUGGUCUGCCAGACCCCAAGACGCUGUUUGAGAUCGUCUUCCAGCUGCUGAACUACUUCACGGGUGUCUUUGCUUUCUCCAUCAUGAUAGGGCAGAUGAGAGAUGUGGUUGGUGCCGCUACCGCGGGGCAAACUUACUAUCGGAGCUGCAUGGACAGUACCAUUAAAUACAUGAACUUCUACAAAAUUCCCAAAACUGUUCAGAACCGGGUGAAAACAUGGUAUGAGUACACGUGGCAUUCGCAAGGCAUGCUAGAUGAGUCAGAGCUGCUGGUGCAGCUGCCAGACAAGAUGAGGCUGGACAUCGCCAUCGACGUGAACUACAACAUCGUGAGCAAAGUGGCCCUCUUCCAGGGCUGCGACAGGCAGAUGAUCUUUGACAUGCUGAAGCGGCUCAGAUCAGUGGUCUACCUGCCUAAUGACUACGUGUGUAAGAAGGGAGAAAUUGGCCGUGAGAUGUACAUCAUCCAGGCGGGACAAGUGCAGGUGCUGGGGGGACCUGACGGCAAAACCGUGCUGGUGACCCUGAAAGCCGGAUCCGUGUUUGGAGAAAUAAGCUUGCUGGCAGCAGGAGGCGGAAAUCGCCGAACAGCAAACGUCAUAGCUCACGGCUUCGCUAACCUUUUCAUUUUGGAUAAGAAGGACUUGAACGAGAUUUUGGUGCAUUACCCGGAGUCUCAGAAGCUGCUGCGUAAGAAGGCCAAGAAAAUGCUGAAAAACAACAAUAAACCCAAAGAUGAGAAAGGAGCGCCUGGAGACCCCCUGAUCAUCCCCCCAAAAGCUGACACCCCAAAGCUCUUCCAGGCUGCCCUGGCCGCCACGGGGAGGAUGGGGGGCAAAAGGCCACUGGCGCAGCUCCGGUGGAGGCUGAAGGAGCUGAAGGCAAUGCAGGGUUCCAGUUUCAGUCCAAUCCCGCCAAAAUCACCAGUGCACCAGAGAUCGCCUGUCACAUCCCACAAAGCACGCACCCACCUGGGAGAAGAAAUAUUCUCAAAAUCUUCUGAUAGUUUAGUCACCAUUCGUGUGAUUUCUACAGCACAAGAGGAUGAAGAAAUCCUUGCUGCUGAGAUUUUGGAGAAAGAAGAAGAAGAGAAAUGAAAAACAAGUAGGUCCUGGAGCAGGAGGAGGAGUCAGGCAAACACCAGGGGUAGAAGUUUUUGUCGUUAACGAUUUCCAUGCAAUGGCUGUAGGCUUCGCUAAGUGCUGUGGGUAGGAUCUGCCUUUCUUUUCUGCCUAGACCUUCACCCACUGUUGAUAAAACCCUCUGCCAUAUGACCCAGAACCACACAAGGCUUCCGUGCUCUGGAGAUAUUUAUGAAUAUGAAUAUAAUAUAUGAAUGGAGCGUCUUUAUGAAUAUCGGCACUAAAUGUCAGGCCAGCCCUCUUGCUUCGAAAUCCAGCCUUACAGAGAUGGAGCCCUGAAGAAAUUGCUUUUUUUGGCUCUGGAUGGUUAAUGAGUGUUCAGAUAAAGCAUGAAGAGUUAUUCACCUCUGACAGCUGAGUCACUGCUUGGCCAGAAACGAGGGGAAAAAAAAACAACAAGGUUUCUCUGUUGGGCUCAAGGUUGUCAGCAGCAGCUGGAGAGUGAUUCAUCCAAAAAGGACGUGGACUAUGCUCAUAAGCCGAGCACUGAUCAAAUCACACUGUCACAAGAAGGCCUAGGUCCAUCCCAGUGUGUAUAGACUGUGAGAUGCUUGAAGGUCCCUGCAUGGUGCCAAGACCACCUUGUGUUUGCCUGUGGGAAGAGGAGUUCCUCCUGCCAGCCGUCCACCCCAGGGAGGUGGUGGGCUCUCCAUCGCUGGUGGCUGUUACAAGGAGAUUUGAUGAGCAUCUUUCAGGGAUAGAGGAGCACAAUCCUGGAUGAGGAGAUGUUUCUGGAGAUCCCUUCCAGCUCUGGGUUUCCAUGGGUGCACCAGGGAUAAACUGAGUGCAGGAAGGGAGAAGCCAUGUUGGUUUCCAUCUGGGACAGAAAAGAGAAGUGCAGUAAGUGCUCUCCUCUCCCAGCCAGCGUUUCAGAGUCAGGCCAGAGCCCGUAGCAUGCAAACGAGCAUGCACAAUUGUGCAGGUGGUCCCCUGCGCUCAUUGCUGGACCUCAGUGAUCUGCCACGUUUCCAGCAGCCAAUUUCCAGCCCCUUUUGGUCACUUGGUUGGCUCUUGGCCAUGCUUCCCCUGGAGAAGCCACUCUGGUCUUGCUCGUCGCUGCAAACGGGGCUUGUAAAGGCGCUCUCCCAACCAUGCUGGGUCCGGGCACUGGAUGAGAAGGCAAAUGCCUGGUUAGCAGCCAGCAGGCCCAGCUGAUGGCUCAAGGUGUCCAAUCUUCCUCCAGCACGACCAGUUCCUCAUCUUCCUCAAACCCAGCUCCGAGCAGAGCGAGCUGCUGGUGACCUGAGAGGUCGUGAGAAGUGGGGGGCGAGACGGUGCCGGGUGAGAGGAUGCAGAUCCUUCCCAAGGUGUCGGCUGGCCAGGUCUCCAUCGAGAGGAGCCGGUUUCCAUCCUCCAGAGGAAAAGCUGGGGCAGGUUUUGCCGCAGGGAGCAGCCUCUGCGCCAUGGCCAAGGGACUUUUCAGGUGUUCAGCAAAUACUGUGAGCAGCCUUGCAGGUUUCACAGGUCUGGCUGUGAGACAGCCAGGCUGUUCAUGAAGGGUGUCAGCACCAGCAUCGCCCCGUAUGUGGAUGAUCCUUCUUCCCAUCAGCAGCCUGGGGCUGAUCUUCACCUCCUAUGGGGUCAUCUUAUUUUGUUGUGGUUUUUCCCUUCUCUUGCAAAAUAGAUGGGUUUCUGUGGCAGAAAAAAAACAGGAUAUAUGUUAAUUAAUGAUAGCUUGCUCUCUUUUAAACAUAUUUAAUGAGCUCCAAUAUACCGCAGGAGGGUCUGAAGCCACCACUGCCCUUAACAUUGCAGGGGAAAACCCGGACUCACCCAAACCUCCCUAAAUAUUUCUCGUCCUUAGUCAUUUGCAAGUGGUUUCCUGCUGGUAGAAGGUUUCACUGGGGAGUGCAAAGUAUUUUUUUUCACUAGAUGGUAAAUGUUUAUAUAAUCAAACCAGGAAACGUGCAAAAGUCAAACUGGGGUUCUGAUUUGCUGCUGCGAUUUGAUAUGGCUUAGAAAAAACAUUUAAAUAAAUAGCGGGCUGUAAUGGCUUUCAUAAUUCACUAUAUCUACAAUAAACACCAUGUAGAUUACCAUUCA